AUGAGCGAUAACUUUCAGUCUUCUCGGUCUAACAAGAACCAGGUGAAGAAACAAUCCAUCAAGGAGAAGCUACAAAAGGCGAUCGAGAGCGGAGCAAUGCCACCUUUCUGCAACAAUUGCGGUGCUAUUGAAACCCCUACUUGGCGAAAGAUGUGGACACAGGACAAAGAUGGCGUGCCAGAGUUUUAUGAGUUUUCUGAGAAGCCGGGCCAAGUUACCGCCAUUGAUAUUCUAGAACGCGAUCCUGAGAACAAGCCUCUCAAGUAUCGGCUUGUGAAGAAGACCUUGGGCAUGGCCGAGGACAAGAGAAUGUGGAAUGAAAUGCUCUUGUGCAAUCCUUGCGGCAUCUGGCUCUCGAAGUUCAAGACUCACCGCCCACCUGACAGGUGGGACAAGGACGCUCAGCGCUUGAAUCAGUCUCGAAGAAAGAGGGAACCGAAGGGUAACAACUCUCGCUCGAAGAAACCACGUACACAGACCUGGAAGCAACGGAUCCGCGCGAGGCGACGAACACCUCGAAACCAGCAUCUUCACGCUCAUUUUGCUUUGGAUGACGACAUGCACAACAUGCACAACAUGACGGCGCACUUCGACACGCCGUUCACCGCUACGCUGAACCAGCUGCUCUCUGAGGCUAAUGACUUCACUGCCGGCUCGCCGGCACACGGGCUCGUGGACAUCGACCUCAGCAGCCUCCCGAACCUGGACAGCGAUGGCCUUCAUAGUCAGCUCGCCCACGGCGCUCUGGAUUUUGGUAAUUUUCUGAGCACCGACAUGGUGAUGCCUAGCUCGCCGCCCCUUCUCGGCGGCAGACAUAUGCCUCAACAGGUCACGUUCGGCGGCUCGCUUGCGGCUUACGAGGCGACCAACAUGGAGCUGUGGACACAGUUCUCCGAGACAGUUGGCCAUGAUGAUGAUGGCGAGCUUCUCGAGGAGGCACACUAA